GUUCGUUUACACGUUUUCCUUACAUCGAUGGGUGCGUUCGGGGAGCACGCUAUCACGCAACAAACGCUAACGCUGAUAGAUGCGUUCGGAGAGACUAUAAGCAGUUUACGCUUUCGAGCUGCUCGAACGUUGCUUGAGUGAAUUUAUCGUUACAAUAUGGCUGAUGUUGAUGCAAAUAUGGAUAACCAUAAAGAAAAAAAUUAUUAAGUCUUUUACUCUUUGCUCUGAGUGAAUUAAUAGAGUCUUCAUCAUCUGAUGACGAAGAAGAGUUGGAUGUACUCAUUAAUUUAAAAGUAGGACGUCGGAAGAAACUACCAAGACUACAAAAUUAUGUGGAAGAGGUGAUACCUAGGUGGAAAGAUCAAGAAUUUUAGAAUAUCCAGAGACACUUUUGAGUUUGUACUCUUGAUAAUUGCCCCAAAACUUAAGAGAAAGUAUCCAGGGUUAGGAAUGAUCUUCCCAGAGAAACAGUUUUUUAUUGCUAUUUGGCGAAUGGCUACACCAGAUUCUUACAGAUCAAUAUGUGAAAAGUUUGAUGUGAGUCGAUCAACAGCCUUAUUAACAACACGUCGAGUUACCAAGAUACUUGCAGAUUUAGCACCAGUAUUGAUUAAAUGGCCAACAGGCAACGCUAUCCAAGAAGUUUGGACAGGAUUUGAAGUAAUUAGUUCCUUCCCUAAAGUCAUAGGAGCUAUCGAUGGUACUCACAUCAAUAUCCCAUCUCCACAUAUACAUCCAGAAGCCUAUGUUAAUCGGAAAGGUCACCAUUCCAUUCAGCUACAAGGGAUCUGUGAUCACAAAGCUCGUUUCACGCACUGCUAUAUUGGACAUGCAGGUUCUAUGCAUGAUCAACACGUUUUUCGUCAGUCAGAAAUUCAAGAUGCAUUGGAUAACCCAGAAAAAUUUCCUGAUGAUUCCCAUUUACUUGAUGAUGCUGCAUAUAAAAUUCAUGAUAAUUUAAUGGUUCCAUAUCGUGAUAAUGGUCAUUUGACUGAACGACAAAAAAAUUAUAAUUUCUGCCAUUCUUCAGCACGAAUCGCCAUUGAAAGAGCAUUUGGUACCUUGAAAGGUCGAUUUAGAAGUUUAUUACACAACCUAUCCAUGAAUCGGACUGACUUAAUUGCUCAUUAUAUACUUGCUUGUUGUGUCAUGCAUAAUAUUUGUAUACUAAGAAAUGAUGAUUUUGACAUUGUUUUAUUAAAUAAUGAAGUAGAUAAUGAUAUUCCUCGUCAAGUUGCUGCAGAUGAUACAACAGGUGUUCUGAAAAGAGACUUAAUUAGCCAAAGACUUCCAAUAAGACUCAUAUAAAUCUUAAAACAGUUCUAAUUUUGCUAGGAAUGCAAUGUAUUUUUUAUUUUAAAGAAGUUUACAAGUUAUUAUCUUUUAUACUUUUGUAACAUAGAUAUAAACUAAUAUGUACAUGUUUAAUAAA